AUGCUCUUUCUUCCAUUGUUCUUCGUCAGCCAUGUCAUUUUGAGAGCAUAUGCUCUGCCCAGAAAUGAGAGAUCGCUUUCUACUCCCCAGGCUGUGGCGACUGGUUUAUCUGGAUCAUCUGCCCAGCCUAACCAUUUGAGUACUCUCAAGGGCCGUUCAGUCAAAAUGGACGAGACAAUUGCUUCCUACACAGAGCAGGGCUUGUGCUUCCAUUACUUUGCUGAAAGACCUUCGUGGUAUCCGGACCCAUGCAUCGAGUAUUGCAAAAACCAUGGUGGGCAUGGUUAUGAUGGUUGUGACGCCAGCUCAUACGCAAAUGUCGACAUCGAGCACGGUGAUCAGAGCAUCAUCGAGACCGACGACAACGGUUUCCGCUGGGUCCCAGCCCCUUGCGAAUGCUCAAAUCCCGAUGUCGAGGAAGUAGCCACAGCCAUCUUCGACACCGUGGCGCAAGGUCUCGGAAAGAUUGAUAACCUUCUCUGCGCGAUAUGGGUGGAAGCUUUCAAAGAUAUUCUGGAAGUCGGUAUAAACUUCAUCCCUGGUGGCGAGGUCUUGACUGUCGCAGGCCGUGCAGUUCAAGGUGCCAAAACAUUCGCCGAGAAUGGCCUGGAAGCUGCAGACUUUUUUGACAACUGGGUCGGCGAUGCCUGUGGUGUCCCAGAUUGGAACUUCGAUUUGUGGAUAGCUUUGCUUGGUGGACCUGACUCGCUUGGCACAAGUGUUGGCUGCCUCAGGAAAAACAAGUCGAAGUGCAAGAGGCAGGAUCCGGUUCCUGACCCACCGAAGAAAUCACAUGCGGAAAAGCCUGAACCAACAGCGAAGACAAGUGCACCUAUAUCAGAAAGCAAUGCUGGCACUACUGCCGACUCGAGCGCUGUACAAUCCACCCUGCCACCGACAUCUGCACCUGCUUCAGAAAGUGACGCCGGCUCUACUGUUGAUCCAAGCAUUGCACCUUCAACCCCGCCACCAACCUCUGUCCCCACGAACUCUCCAGGCCCCAGCACCACAUCGGCCCCGAGCUCUUCUACCAAUGCUUGUCCGAAUAGAAAACGUGCAGGCCAGAAAGUCGGUCCGAACACCUACGUGUCGACUGAGUGCAACCAAGGUGUAGUUACCACCCACAACUACAUUAUUACUUCCCUCUCGUAUCAAGCGAAUGCCCCAACUCUUCAAGUGAAAGCAACCUGUAGUGCAAGAUGGAGCCAAGCUUGCUAUCACUAUAGCUCGGUCGUCAGGGAGAAUCCGAAUUUUGCAACCCUGACCUGCCCACAAGAAGCAGCAACUUCUGCCAGAGAUCGUAUCGAUCCACCCAAGGCAACAAACAGCUGGGCUUCAGAGCACUCAGGAGGCUGGCGAAAAGGUAUGACUAGAGAUGAGGAGUGGAAGAAUGAGAAGCACAGGGUGAAUAGGGCAAGUGCGAGAUGGAUGAGUAUCCACCAGCGUAUUUGUUGA